AUGUUCGACCAACUCUCAGACCUAGUACCAAGUUCUUGUGAUGCACACAGUUCGUUUAAAGCAAAAACCGUGGAUCUAGCCAACCAAGUGUGUGUUGCUGAUCCGGGACUGACGGGUGUCAUGUCAGAUCAUCGGAAAGCAUUAGAAGAAGUUAGAAAGGGCGACGAUGUUGUUAUUUCAAGGCCCGACAAAGGAUCUGGAGCUGUCAUCAUGAAUGAACAGGAUUAUAUUCAAAAAAUGCAAGAAGUGAUUUCGGAUAGAAACCGAUUUGUUCCUGACCGCUCUGGACGUGGCCGAACAGCAACUGUGAAACAAUCUAUCACGCGUGAAUUACGUCAAUUGCAUAAGGAUGGCCAUAUUAGUAGUACUACAUUGGCUCAAUUCAUCCCCCGAGGCUCUCGGCUACCUCGUAUCUACGGGUUCUCCAAAGUUCACAAGGAUGGUAUUCCACUACAGCCCAUACUAUUUAUGAUUGGAGCACCUCAUCAAAGUUAG